AUGCUAGACGGAGACUCUACAAUAUAUGCGCUCUCCACUGCAACCGGACGAGCAGCCAUUGCAGUCGUUCGCGUAUCAGGUCCCGCCUGUACCUCGAUAUACAAAAGUCUCUGCCCAAACCACCCCCUCCCAAAACCCCGCUAUGCAUCCUUGCGUACCCUCUACGACCCAACCCAACCCCCAACCACAAACACAAUCCUCGACGCCGGCGCCUUAGUCCUCUACUUCCCCUCCCCGCGAACGGCAACAGGCGAAGAAAUCCUCGAACUCCACAUCCACGGCGGCCCAGCAAUAACAAAAGCAGUCCUCUCAGCAAUCGCCCAAACAAACACCCCAGAACAAACAGUCCGCUACGCCGAACCGGGCGAAUUCACCCGUCGCGCCUUCAUGAACGACCGUCUAAGUCUCCCUCAAAUCGAAGCCCUCGGCGACACCCUCUCCGCAGAUACAGAGCAACAGCGCAGACUGGCCGUGCGUGGAUCCAGCGAUGCAUUGCUGAACCGGUACGAGCGGUGGAGACAGGGUUUGCUAUAUGCGCGCGGUGAACUGGAGGCGUUGAUUGAUUUCUCGGAGGAUCAGCAUUUCGAUGAGUCGACCGAGGAACUUGUUUCGUCUGUUGCGCGUCAGGUGCGCGCGCUGACCGUGCAGAUCGGUUUCCAUAUUGCUAAUGCGUCGCGUGGGGAGUUGCUUAGGAAUGGCAUUCGGGUUGCGUUGUUAGGUGCGCCGAAUGCCGGGAAGAGCUCCUUGCUUAAUCGGGUUGUUGGGAAGGAGGCGGCUAUUGUUAGUACGGAGCAGGGGACUACGAGGGAUAUUGUUGAUGUUGGGGUUGAUCUUGGGGGAUGGUAUUGUAAGCUUGGGGAUAUGGCGGGGAUUCGGGCUGAGAGUGGUUCUGGAGAUGGUGGGAGGAUUGUGAUUGGGGCGGUCGAGAAAGAGGGAAUUCGGAGGGCUAGAGAGAGAGCUUUGGAGUCCGAUGUUGUUAUUGUGGUUGUUUCGCUGGAAGAUACAGCCACUGGGGUUCGGUUAUUCGUUGAGCCCGAAGUGCUUGAUGCUGUUAAUGACUGCGUGGAGGCGGGAAAAUGUCUCCUUGUAGCCAUCAACAAGUACGAUAAGCUACACUCCGCGUUGGAAAGUGGUGUGCCGCAGUCAUUGUCUGAUACGAUCCACGACAUCUUCCCUUCGGUCCCGAUAGACCGCGUGUUUGCCAUUUCUUGCGAGGAAGCCAAGCGGGGAGCAUCGUCUCUCCAUACCACUACAGAUCCCGGGAAUCUACAGGUCUUUCUACGUGGACUAAUUACGACCUUUGAGCAGAUUGCCUCACCCCUUGGCGUGGAUGGAGAUCGGGAGUAUGAUAUUUCAUAUUGGGAAGAUUCUCUAGGUGUCACGCAUCGCCAAAGCUCCAAUCUUCAAAGAUGCCUUGAUCAUCUGGAUGACUUCCUAUCUCAAGCUUCUUCUGCUGGAUGUUCUGAUUCCUCGCACGAGAAAGAACUGGGCUCCCUUGAUUCCCAUGCUGAAUCUGAAGUCGAUAUCGUCACUGCUGCGGAACAUCUGCGCUUUGCGGCCGAUAUGUUGGCCAAGAUCACAGGAAAAGGCGAGAGUGGAGAUGUCGAGGAUGUGUUGGGAGUUGUCUUUGAGAAAUUCUGUGUCGGCAAGUGA